AGCUCGAACAGAGACGAGCACCGUGAACGAGGUGCUCCGUUUUUCGGUACAUAUUGUCGCUAUUUAUUUGUUUUGAUGGGUUAAUAUAACAGAAAACCAGGACAAAUAUUAUCCAAAACCUUCAUAAACCGGGAAACUCGACAUGGAAUGACACAUUUUCACCGGAGGGGACUUUUAACAUCGUCUUGUGAUCCUUCGCCGGUUGUUUUGGCACAUUGGUAUCCUUUCUGAUGUGCACCUGUUCCGGCCAGUUUCUGACCCGCAGACAGCCUCAACACGGAGCGUCAGAUCGACCAAUCUACUACUGAGAUGGCCCGCGCAGAGACCAUCGAGAACGUUGGGGAGACUGGAGGAAGAGGAGGAAAUGACCCUCUUCCUCGCCACCACAUCUGCAGCAUGGAGCUGCCCCGCCCCUUCUACAACUGUCCCGGCCUGCUCACCACUACAGCCUUCAGCUCUGGGACCGCCACACACCGCCACCGCCACAACAACUACCACCUGCCCCCUCUGCAGGCUCUCUAUCUGUCGUACCCGCUGCCUUACCCCCACCCGGAGGACCAGGACGAGGCCCGGACUCACCAGCGGUCACCUGCGUUGUCGCCCACGCCUCCACGUUCGCCACUCUGCAAUCGGAGGGAAGGGAGGGGCAGAGCCGGGGUAGCACCCAGUGCCUUUACAGGAGAGCAGUCAGCAUCGCACAGAGAUGAGCGUCAGGACGCAUCCAGCCGGCAGGGACCUCUACCGGACCUGCUGCCCCAGAACGAGCUCCCAUCCUGGGCUUCCCCACGUCGCAGAGCCCCCGGAGAAGAGGCGGCGCAGGAGGUGGAAGUCAGGAGAGUGGCCGACCAGCUGAGGGCCAUUGGAGAUGAGUUUAACACCACGGUCCUCCACAGAGCGCACGCCGCCCCCCAAUGGCAGGACUGGAGGGACGCCUGCCGAGGACUCCUCAACUUCAUCACCCAGACCCUCAGCACUCUCUACAGGCUCACGUAGAGAGAGACGCCUCGUCACCGGGCCGCCGGACUGCAGCUACUAGUGAACGGACUGGUCGCUGCGCUCCGUUUGAAUCCGGAGGAUUAACGCAGCCUGGAAUCAAAAACAUUUUCGUGGGGACAAAGAAUUCAAGGAGUCCAUCAGUCAGUCUGCUGGUACGGACUGCAGCUGACGGACAGACGGUCCCUUUCCUACCUGUAUAUUUUGUAAAAUCCACUUGCUUUCGCUGUCUUUGUCUCGGUUCUCAUCUCCUGUGUGUGUGUGUGUGUGUGUGUGCGUGCGUGCGUGCGUGCGCGCGUGCGUGCGUGCGUGCGUGCGUGCGUGCGUGCACGACGUGGGUCAAACGAAUAAAUUGUGUUUACUGAGAUUUCAGCACAAAAUGGGAAAAUGCAGAUAUUUCUAAAUGUCUACCACAGACGGGUCUGUUUUAAAGUGACCUGUUUUGAGAGUCUUCAUUAUCUUGUGGAGCUUUUUCAUUCAGCUUUAAUAUCAGCCACCAUUUCUAAUUUGAUUUGAAAUGGUCGAUAUUGCUCCAAAAUUCUUCCGUUUGAUUAUGUAAACAUGAUUUGACCUUUGUCUGUCGCGUCUCUGUCUUACAUACUGUGAAACUGGACGCUGUUUUUGCAUCGCAGGGAAUAAAAAGGGUGUCAUAUCCCACAGGGUGAGCCUCUCUGACUGCUUUGUUCCGUCAUACGACGACGUGCCUUUCCCCUUAGCGCUCUGUUGAGUCCCUAAUCUCCGAAACUAGGACAGUCACACGCAUUCAAAGAAACACACACACACGCUCUCCCAAUGCUUUGUUUGCAGGUGUCAUUUGCACCGCAUUCAAAUGCUCCGGCGUCAGCAUGGUCUGAGGUCAUCCGAGGACAGACAUAGCGUGAUUCUCCCGCCACGCGUUGGGCCACUGUACAUUCCUCCGUUCACCGCUGCCAGUGUUGGGAGCUGGCAGGGUCUCGACCCCCCCUCCUCCCGCGUCGACAGUGUUUGUAGUUACUUGAUCGUCUGUAAAUACUCUUUUGGAAGAUGAAUCUUAACUAAUGCGGACUUUAACAAAGUGCUGAUGAAAGCGAGCGUGUUCACCGUGUUCGGGAGAUCUUCUUUCUGAGCGGCCAGAGUUUGAAUUUAAAUCCAGUGGAUUUGAGAUGGUAUUCCAUGAGUUAAAUGAAAACAUAUAUAAUCUGGAUCUUUUGAUUGUUAAAAAAGUAUUUGAUGAUGUCUUUGUAAAAUG